ACACACCUCUCACCAUGUCUGCUCUUCAGUACCGCGGCGAGCUCGCCGGCCACAAGGGAUGGAUCACCGCCAUCGCCACGUCGAGCGAGAACCCGGACAUGCUCCUCACCGCCUCGCGUGACAAGACGAUCAUCGUGUGGCAGCUGAGCCGCGACGACGCCUCGUACGGCUACCCGAAGCGCGUGCUGCGCGGCCACAACCACUUUGUCAGCGACAUCGUCAUCUCGUCCGACGGCCAGUUCGCGCUGUCGGCGUCGUGGGACAAGACGCUGCGUCUCUGGGACCUCAACACCGGCACCACGGCGCGCCGCUUCGUCGGCCACACCGGCGACGUGCUCAGCGUGUCCUUCUCGGCCGACAACCGCCAGAUCGUGUCGGGCUCGCGCGACCGCACCAUCAAGCUGUGGAACACGCUCGGCGAGUGCAAGUUCAACAUCCAGGAGGACGGCCACACCGAGUGGGUCUCGUGCGUGCGCUUCUCGCCCAACCCGAGCAACCAGGUCAUCGUCUCGGCCGGCUGGGACAAGGUCGUCAAGGUCUGGGAGCUGUCCAAGUGCAAGCUGAAGACCAACCACUACGGCCACACCGGCUACAUCAACACCGUCACCGUCUCGCCCGACGGCUCGCUCUGCGCCUCGGGCGGCAAGGACGGCAUCACCAUGCUCUGGGAGCUGUCCGACGGCAAGCACCUGUACUCGCUCGAGGCCGGUGACGUCGUCAACGCCCUCGUGUUCAGCCCCAACCGCUACUGGCUGUGCGCUGCCACCGCCAGCUGCAUCAAGAUCUUCGACCUUGAGAGCAAGUCGAUCGUCGACGAGCUCAAGCCCGAGUUCGCCGGUGUCGGCAAGAACUCGGCCGACCCGCAGUGCCUGUCGCUCGCCUGGUCCGCCGACGGCUCGACGCUGUUCGCCGGCUACUCGGACGGCCUCUGCCGCGUCUACUCGGUCGCAUAAGCGCGCAUCUGCUCGCUUGUGCAGCGCGGCUGUAUGAUCUGGCGUCUCAGACGGGAAGGAGCAGUGCCGCAGACGCAGGGGGCGUCUCCACUCUCAAGCUCAAACCACAUCACACAUCCCUCCACUCUUCCCCUUCUCUCCUGCGCGCACGGACGAAGCCGUGUGCGCGUUACCCCCCGGCCCGUGCCGCGAUCGCAGGGGGCGAUCCCACCGCGCCACCUUCCUCGGCGUGCAUGCGUGCGUCUGCCUCUGUCGCCUGCUCUCUUGUUGUUCCGCCUCCAAAACGGC